AUGCUCAGAUUGUGUGCCGCUACACAGCGCCAUGUGGCCCGUGCGUUUAUGCGCGGUUUCGCAAAAGAACUGAAGUUUGGUGCCGAAGGUCGUGCGGCCAUGUUGCAAGGUGUGGACGUUUUGGCCGAUGCUGUUGCGGCCACAAUGGGACCAAAAGGGCGUAACGUCAUCAUUGAACAAUCGUGGGGCAGCCCGAAGAUCACCAAAGACGGUGUGACCGUGGCGAAGGCAAUCGACUUCGAGAACAAGUACAAGAAUUUGGGCGCUAAACUCGUUCAGGACGUAGCCAAUAAGACAAACGAUGAGGCCGGAGAUGGCACAACAUGUGCCACCGUGUUGGCGCGUUCGAUUGCGAAGGAAGGCUUCGAAAACAUCAGCCGAGGCGCAAAUCCGGUCGAAAUCCGCAAAGGUGUAAUGAAAGCCGUGGAAGCGCUUGUCGCCGAGCUGAAAUCAAUGAGUCGUCAGAUCGAUUCACCCGAAGAAAUCGCCCAAGUGGCCACAAUUUCAGCGAAUGGAGAUGCGUCCAUUGGUGAACUGAUAUCGAAUGCUAUGAAAAAGGUUGGAAAGAAAGGUGUCAUAACGGUAAAGGAUGGUAAAACAAUGAAAGAUGAAUUGGAGGUGAUUGAAGGAAUGAAAUUCGAUCGCGGUUAUAUUUCACCGUAUUUCAUCAAUACCUCCAAAGGCGCUAAAACUGAAUUCGAGAAAUGUUUGAUUCUAUUCUCGGAGAAGAAAAUCAGUCAAGUGACGGAGGUUGUACCGGCACUGGAACUGGCCAAUAAGAGUCGUAAGCCUUUACUCAUAAUCGCUGAAGACGUUGACGGUGAGGCUCUAACGACAAUGGUCUUGAAUAGACUGAAGGUUGGUCUUCAAGUUGUGGCUGUAAAGGCACCGGGAUUCGGUGAUAAUCGCAAAUAUAUGCUUGCGGAUAUGGCCAUUGCUACUGGUGGUAAAGUAUUCGGUGACGAAGCGAGUCUGUUAAAAAUCGAAGAUGUUUCAGUGGAUGACUUGGGUCAAGCUGAAGAGGUGUCAAUCACCAAAGAUGACACGUUGAUAUUGAGAGGGAAGGGUGAUCCAGCGGCCAUUGAGAAACGAAUCUCACAAAUUGAGGAUGAACUCGAGCACUCGACAUCAGACUAUCAAAGGGAGAAGCUGAACGAGCGUAUGGCAAAACUCUCGAAGGGUGUUGCGCUUGUGAAGGUUGGUGGUGCAAGUGAG